AUGGUUCGGCAGGCGGCAUUCGUCAUCCCAGCCUUGUUUCUGCAGGCUGCGGUUGCCCGUCCCGCCGGGGCCGAACUUCCCCCUCCCGGUUAUGAGGUCAACGUGGUAGAGGUUUGUUACCCCGUUGUCAUACCGGGCGAUGACAACCGCGGCCUGGGCUCCGGUGGCGCCCAUCCCCCUGGCUCUUUGGAGAUCGGCCAAGGCCCUAGCAAUGGUACCAGCCCCGGCGUCCAUGGGGGUGGUAACGGCGGCAAUGGCGGCAAUGGCAGCAACGGUGGUACUGGCCUCGGUGCCCUAGGGGGUGGUAACGGCGGCAACGGCGGCAAAAAUGGUGGUAGCACCGGCAGCCAUGGGGGUGAUAGCGGCGCCAACAAUGGCGCCAACACCAGCGGCCCUAGGGGUGAUAACGGCAGCACUGGUGGCAGCACCGGUGGCCCCGGCGGUGACAACGGCAGCAAUGUCGGUGGUAGCACUGGCGGCCCCGGCGGCAGCACUGGUGGCAGCAACGGUGGUAGUAACGGCGGCAGUGCCGGUGGCUCUGGAGGUGAUAACGGGGGCAACGGUGGCGGUAGCACUGGCGGCCCCGGAGGUGAUAAUGGCGGCAAUGGCGGUGGCGGCACCGGUGGCCCUGGAGGUGAUAAUGGCGGCAACGGCGGUGGUAGUAACACUGGCGGUGCUGGAGAAUCGUCCACCGGAACCAGCAUAUCCCAGCCAACAACAAAUAUCAUCCCACUCCCUUCCACAUCUGAGUGGUGCCCUCCUGUCACGGUCACUGACUGUCCCAUUAUCACGCCGUCUGAUUGUCCCGUUGUCACGGAUGUCACUACUAUCACGAUCACGACUGCCCCUCCUGGAUCCAGCGGUGUGCCUGGCCUGCCAACCACCGACUGUCUGACAGAUGUCAGCACCAUCACGAUCACGAUUCCUGGGUCAAGCGGUUUGCCUGUCUCGCCCACAGACUGUCCUACCGUUACCGAGCCGGGCCAGACUGUCACCUUGCCUGGUCAGACUAUUACUGAGCCGGGUCAGACCCUGACUUUGCCGGGUCAGACCAUAACCUUGCCGGGCCAGACUAUCACUGAGCCCGGCCUGACUGUUACAGAUCCUGGUCAGACCCUGACUUUGCCUCCAAGCCAGGUCAAACCCUGA